AUGCUCUAUGUCCUGGGGUUGUUGAUCUGUCUUUCGGUGGCUACCCUCACCUCACUGGGGUUGUUUAUCUGGUUUGCUGUGACGCCCCAUAACCCUGAGACAGAAAGGAAGAGACUUGCUUUCCUUGAAGGAUUUGCCAUGCUCACAGGUUUUAGCCUUGGACCCAUACUGGACGAUGUCAUCGCCGUCGAUCCGAAUGUAAUCGCGACCGCUUUCGUGGGAACCUCGGUGAUUUUCAUCUGCUUCACUCUCAGCGCCUUGUACGACACACAUAGGGGCCACCUGUUCCUCCGAGGCACACUAAUGUCCGGCUGUUCUUUUCUGUUCCUGGUGUCUCUGACGAACGUGUUCUUCGGAUCUACGCUUCUGUUUGAGGCGAACACCUACCUGGGACUGCUCGUCACGUGCGGCUUUGUCCUGUUUGACACUCAGCUCAUUAUCGAGAAAGCAAAGAACGGGGACAAUGACUACAUCUGGCACUGUGUGACCUUGUUUGAUGAUUCCAUUAGCAUUUUUAGGAGACUGAUGCUCAUCCUUUACACGAAGGAGAAGGCCAAGAAGACGAAGACGGUCUCUGAACGUAUUCUGUGCAAGAUAAUACCGACCGAUGUGUGA